AAUCUGACGUGGCGAGUGAGAAAAUGGGCUUGUGAGGAGCACUCUUCCACAUCCUCUUUCUUCUAUACUCUUCUCUUAUCAUCAUCAUCACAUUCAUCUUCUCCACUGAUCCCACCAGGCCACCACACUUUACUUUUCUCCAAUGACGACAAUGAACGUUCCUCCGGCGACUCUUUACGCCGGAAAAACCUCAACGAUCUUAUCGCCGACGACUCCAAACCUCCUCAGAUCGUCUUUCUUGCCGUAUUACUCGAUCAGACCACUCAGCAACAAGAAACCUCUCUCCAAAUCACCAUCCUCCUCUGCUCCGAGAUUCUCCAUGCGUGUGUCCUCCAAGCAAGCCUACAUCUGCCGUAUAUUUACAAUGAUAGAACUCCAUUCGACAAGUUACCUGAUAAUUACUUCUGUCCAGUGUGUGCUGCUCCAAAACGGAGGUUUAGACCGUACAUGCCGGAUGUGAGCAAGAACGUUAACGACAAGGAUGUGAGAAAAGCAAGAAAAGCUGAGCUCCAAAGAGACGAAGCUGUUGGGAAGGCUUUGCCUAUAGCUAUUGCAAUUGGGGUUUUAGCACUCGCAGCUCUUUACUUCUACGUCAACAAUACGACA